UGGAGUCUAAUUCCGUAAUAUAUCACGGUACCUCGUAAAACCGACACUAAAACGUCCCGGCCUACAAAUCACCCGGCCAGAUUAUGAGUUCAUUGUAUUAUGCGAAUGCUUUAUUUUCUAAAUAUCAGGCCGCAAAUUCGGUUUUCCCCUCCGGAGUAUUUCCCGAGCAAACUUCUUGCGCAUUCGCUUCCAAUGCCCAGCGCACCGGCUAUGGCUCCAGCUCCACGGCCUCUUUCGCUGCUUCCAUGCCUGGUCUGUACCCUAGCGGGGGAGGUAUGCACCCCCAGCCCCCCGGCAUGUAUUCCAGCGGCUACGGUCUGGACACCAGCUCCUUCAACAUGCACUGUUCCCCCUUUGAGCAAAACCUCUCCAUGAUGUGUCCGGGAGACGCGUCCAAGCCCAACUGUAACAAAAGCGACCAGAGGGACACGGACUUGCGGCACGAAAGCAACUUGCGAAUAUAUCCUUGGAUGCGAAGCACAGGAACUGACAGAAAGAGAGGCCGCCAGACCUAUACCAGAUACCAGACCCUGGAACUGGAGAAGGAAUUCCAUUACAACCGUUACUUGACCAGAAGACGACGCAUUGAGAUAGCCCAUGCUUUAUGUCUUACAGAAAGACAGAUCAAAAUCUGGUUCCAGAACAGACGGAUGAAGUGGAAAAAAGAAAACAAACCUGCAGGACCAGGCUCAAAUAGCCAGGAAAAACCAGAGGCUGAAGAAGAUGAAGAAGAGUGAAAGAAAAAGAAGGGAUGAAAGUGGAAAUGGAAGGGAGAGAAUGGAACUGAAUAGAAAGAGAGGGAAAGGAAAAAGGAAAGAAAAGAAAAGAAAAGAAAGAGGGAAAGAAAGAAAGAAAGUAAUCUGACCGCACUGUUACACAAAUUUAGAGGAAAAUGUAAAAAUUAACAUAAUAGACUAUACAUUGAAACAAGAAACAAACAUCUAAGUAAACUGUUUCUUUCUUCUGCUUCUUGACACUUGGGAAACUACCUAUAUUAACAUUACUCUCUUUUAUUUUGUUUUUGUACAACAACAAAAAGAAAUCUACCUAUUAAAUGUCUCUUUAGAAUCAAAUCUAGGUAACUGUUUUGUUUUUAUGUGGGUAUACAUAUAGUCCAAGUAUUUGUAAAUUUUCUUGUUUAAAACUUCUCUCUUUUUGAUCCUCUUGUAAUUUAAAAGAAAUGGUUUAUGAAGUAAAAAUGUGGACGUGGUUAGCACUUUUCCUUAGAAAACCGUGAACUCCAAAUGUAUGAAGGGAACACAAAACUUAGCAGAAGAAGAUUGUUGUAUAUAAUUCUAUAAGAUUCCUGUCUUCCUCUUCGUAGGUUUGUGCCUCUACCGUCUGAUUACUGGUGCUGUUUUUUUUUCUUGCUUAUUUUAUUUCAUUCUGUUUUUUGUUGAUGUAUAUUUUUACAUGUUUGCCAAUGGACCACUUCAUUUUUACCGUCACUAGAGAAUCUGAAAUUAAUAUUGUGCUGAGUAAAACCAAUGUAUAUGAUAGAUAGCAAAUUCUUUAAUAGUUUACCAACUUUUUUGAUUUGUAUUCUGUGAUUACUAUGCGUAGAAAAAGGGAAAAUAAUUAAAAAUAACAUUAUGAAUAUUGUGUCCAGUAA